AAAGAGAUGGAGAGAUGUGAGAUGAAAAUGAGAAAUAUACAACUACAAAAUAAUAAAAAUAUUUAAUUAAUUCCUUAUUUCUUCUUCUAUCAAUCUUCUUCUUAAUCGUCGAGGAUGGUGAAGAGAAACCGAGAGGUCGCUAGUGGUAGCGAAAGUGAAAGCGAUUUCGAUUAUGAAAAUAUGGGCAACUACGAAGAACCAAACGAAUUCGAAGAUAGCGGAGAAGAGCAGAUGGACGUUGACGACGCAAAUAUCAAGUCAAACGGUGGCGCAUUCAAGGCUCCUACUAAGGAUGAAGUACAGUCACUUAGAGAGACCGGUGAGCUUUUCAAGUCGAAUUUCUUCAAGUUACAAAUAGAUUCCCUCUUAGAAGAAAUACAGCAGCCAGCUUCUCAAGUCGAAACACUCACUCAAGCCUUACAUGCACUCAGAAAUCUGAUAAUGGAGACAAAACCAAUUGGAAAGUCGACAGACGGUAAACUUUCUACUUCUGAUGCAAGAAAAUACUUGAAAAAGAACAAUCUCAGCCUGCCAGUAUCAAAGGAACUCCCAGAAGACGUCAAUUGGGCCGUAGGAUACACAGUACCAGACAUCGUACAAGUUGCGGGCUCGUGGCCUUUAAAAACUAACGUUAAAAGGCGGUCUAGUAGGGUGAAAAGCUGGGAAGUCACCCUCGCUAUCCUCUUACCAUCACAUUUCAUUCAGGAGAAAGAUCAUCAGAAUGACAGAUGGUUAUUUAAGCAGGCUUUCUACAUGACUGUUUUAGCAGACAUAUUAAAAAAGAGCAAAUUAGAUAUACAAGUUGACAUUACGCAAGCAAAUGGAUCAGAAUUGGAACCAGUAAUCAGUAUAACAAACAAAAAAGGUAGUAAGUUCAUUCCAUCGAAUACAACUAUCAAUCUGGUCUCUGCUUUGGCUAGUCCGACCCCUUUUAAACCAUUGAGCAAGAUAUCUCCAUCUCGGAUUGGCUCAAAAUUGAGUAAUGCAUUCAUGAAGCCAUCACUACACACACCACACUUGACUUAUUUGUAUAAUAUCGCCGAAACAGUUCCAGCAUUUAGGGAUGCUGUCAAGUUACUCAAGGUCUGGGCUAACCAAAGAUCACUCGAUUGGUUAUUGAAUGGUUUUAAUGCAGAAUUUGUCGUAGCAUUAUUGGUUGAUGGUGACCAAGACGGUAAGGGACGUGUCGGUAAGGGUUUGAGUUCCUAUCAACUCUUCAAAACUGUAAUGGAUCUUUUACGCAAAACUGAUUUCACUAGUGUUUUUAUGAAGAGCAUUACUACUGGUGGAUUUUCGAAAGAGGAUCACUUUAAUAGUACUCCAUUACUUUUCAUUGACCCUACACACACUUAUAAUUUGAUGGACGGUCUUCUUCCUGAGGAUGCUCGUGUGAUCGGAUUCGAGGCACAACUUACGCUUAACGCCCUCGAUGAUGACAAUGAUAGAUUCGAAGAUACUUUCAUGAAAGACCUCCGCAACCCUACUGCCCGUUUCGAUCUCAUUGGUAAAGGCAAACUCCCUUCAAAGCUUGUCAAGAAAAUCGCCAAAGGUACGAAUGUGAGACAGAACAUUGCUGCAACUCUUGCUAGAGCGUUAGGAGAACGUAGCAAGGUUAUUAAUGUUAAAUUAGAUGACGAUAUGAUUAGCAUUGGAUUGAUUUUAGAUUCAGAAGUUGCUGGCAAGAUUGUUGAUCAUGGACCACCAGCAGAAGAUGAAGAGGGAUGUGAAGUAUUUAAGGCGUUCUGGGGUGAAAUUUCCGAAUUGAGGAGGUUUAAGGAUGGUAAAAUCAAUGAAAGUGUCGUUUGGCAACAAUCAAAUGGGUCUAAGGAACUCGUUCCUAUUCAGAUUGUUAAAUGGAUACUUAGACGUCAUUUCAACAUUGAUCAACUCUCAUUUAUUGCUGAGGAAUUCGAUGGAUUAUUGGAGGUUGAAGCUGUCGAUGGCGUAGAAACAUUCAACGACUUUGGUGCACCACUUCAAGUAUACGAGGAUUUCCAGAGUAUGUUGAGGGAUAUGACAACACUUCCAUUAGAGAUUAUGAACGUUACACCAGCAUCGGCUUACCUCCGUCACACAUCUCCUUAUCCGCAACCUACACGCCAAAUGAACAAAUUCGGUGUCACCCCUACCUCUGCCAGAUACAUUCCUGGCGCUGAUUUGGUAGUACAGUUUGAAAGUAGUGGUAAAUGGCCUGAUGAUCUUGAGGCUAUCCAAAUCACAAAAGUAGCAUUCCUUGAGGCACUUGCUGCAGAGUUGAUGAAGAGUGGUCAAUACAUGGCUCAGAUAGUGUUCGAUAGUCCGCUUCCAAGUGAUAUUGCAGAUGCUGUUGCGUUAGAAGUAAUCAAUGAGCAAGGAUUUGCUUGGAAGUUGCGUAUUCAACACGAUAGAGAACUUACUUUAAUUGAUAGACAGUUAAAUGAUAAGGUAAAUACCACCAAUAGCCAAAAGGAGAUCUUGAAGGAAGCCAGACAUAGAUUUUUGGAGAGAUUCGUCAAUAAGCCUAGACAUCACCAGGCUAUUAUGGCACUCACACAUAGAUUCAAAGCAUACGCCAAGACAGUGAGACUGGUAUCACGUUGGAUAAAUGCCCAUUUACUAUCACCACAUAUAAGCCAAGAGUUCAUUGAACUCGUUGUUGCUAGUGUCUUUUUGGAUACAGGUAGCUAUUCCGUACCUUGUACACCAUCGCUCGGUUUCCUUAGAAGUGUUUUGUUACUUUCAGAAUGGAAGUAUAAGCAAGAGCCUCUUUUAGUUCCUUUAUACACAGCUUCACAAAUACAGGAGGAUCACCUCGACAGAAAAAUCGUAUUCCCACUCAAAGAAAAGACUGAAGCUGAGAAAACUUUUGAAGUCUUGCGCAGAACUGAUGAAGAUAUCAAGAAAACUGCAAUGUUCGUAGCUACGGAGCACGAUGUUUCUGGUGGUCAUUACACUCACGAUAGACCAAGCAAGGUUAUAGCCAGUCGCCUACAAUCACUUGCUAAAGCUACCGCCAGUGCGCUUCUUGAUGAUAGUGAGGUUGACAUUAUGCAACUCUUUAAAUCACCAACAGAGAUUUACGACUUUGUUAUCAACCUCAAGAGUUGGGUGAACACUCGCCUCUACCAAUCGUUGGCUGAAGAUAAUUUUGGAGAUGUCGACACAUCCAAUGAUGCACUUGUCAAUUAUGAUCCGGCAACUAUGUUUGUUGAGUAUAUGGAAAGGAUGUAUGGCGAUGUUGUUGUCUUCUUCCACGAUGCCUGCGGUGGUCGUGUAAUUGGUGCGAUGUUCAAUCCGGCAUACACAAGUCCUAGAAAGUGGAAGGUUGGAUUACACUAUCCUACAAAAUCUGUUGAUUCUAAAGAUGACGUUGUGAUUGAUAAGAAGUUUAUCAUUAAAGAAAUAACAACACUCGGAAAAGACAUGAUCGAGAGUGUCACAUCAAAGUAGCUAAUUAGAGGCUAUUUGGGAAAUUAACAAUUUUCAAACUAGGUUGAAUAUAAUUUAUUUUUUUUAAGUUUAUAAUCAUGCAUUUACAAUAGAUUGAUAUCAAAUUACACAUUACUAUAAUCAAGUGGAGUCUCGUGCUUCUUGUUAUCCUGCAAUUUACGAGCUGCUUUGGCGAAAUCGUCUUGCCUAACAAAGUCUCUCUCAUCACGAAUAGCAACCAUACCUGCUUCGGUACAAACGCUGAUUCAAAGUCAAUUUCACCAUCUUUGUUGAUAUCUUUUGCGUGAAUUUUAAGAAUUUCGGUUCUACCUGUUGCAUUUGGUAAUGGAAUAAAGAUUUUUCUGUCUAGACGACCUGGACGCAUAAGAGCAGGAUCGAGUGUGUCCGGUCUGUUAGUGGCCAUGAUGACCUUUGUUUUACCUAAAUGAUCGAAACCGUCGAGUUGGUUAAGUAAUUCCAUCAAAGUUCUCUGUAUUUCUCUAUCUGCGGAUGUACCUUCACUGAAUCUCCUAGUUCGUGUUCCUUUGCGUAUCCGAACAUUUCUCUAAUAACUCUAGCAGAUUCACCAAUGAACUUAUCUACGAUGGCGGAUGAAACGACCUUUAAGAAGUUUGUCUGGAGGGUUGCAGCACAUGCUCUAGCGAUGAGCGUUUUACCAGUACCUGGUGGACCGUAGAGGAGCACACCUUUUGGUGGUCUGAUACCUACUCUGGCGAAGAGCUCUGGGUUAUUUAAUGGUAAUUCGAUGACUUCUCUCAAUUCCCUGAUCUGCUCGGUCAAACCACCGAUACCGGCGAAUGAAGCCUCUCCUGGGUUCUCCAUGGACAUGUUGUAGACCAGAGGGUCGACUUCUCUAGGCAAUAUCCUCAUAAUAGUGAGUGUAGUCAUGUCCAAAGAAACUCUAACGCCCUGCUUAAGGUUUGCUUGGUUGAUUGUUGGUCUAGCGUGUACGACAUAGCGAGGACCGGAACUGGCCUUGACGAUGAAUCUCUCUGAAUCGAGCUGCUUGAGGACUUCACCGAUGAUCUGUCCGACAGACUGAAGCGAUUUCAUGUCCUCCUCCGUCUGUUCGAAGGACGAGUCCAUAUCUUUUAUAUUCUUACGUAUAUUUCUCAGUCUCUCGCUCAAUUGCUCAUGUUCCUUUAUCUUCUGACGGUAUUCUUUGAGUGCGUC